AAUGUAUUUGCUCAGCCUCACAUGAACUAAGACAAACUAAGGAAAAAAUAUCUUUAAUUGGUACAAUUUCAGAAGUUUUCAGUGAAGAGCCACCUGCAAUGGCUUCCACCACCGCUGUUUUGUUUCUUUUUCUGUGUACGCACUUUGUAAUUUGUUGGACCCACGGUACUGGUGUCGUCCCUGCACCUUGUAAUUCCAGAAGUGUGGAGAGGGCAGCUCGCUUGGCUGUCACCUACAUUAAUGAGGACAGGAAAGAGGGAUACAAGUUCAGCCUGAACAGAAUCAACAAUGUCUAUGUGCACGAGCAGGGGCCUGUUGGAAAAGUCCAUUACAUGGACAUUGAUGUACUAGAAACCAAAUGCUAUAUAAAAAGCACAACUGCAUGGGAAGACUGUGAAAUCAGACCAUUUAUAGAAACGAAAGUGUCUGGGCGUUGCAAAACCAUUGUCUACAGUAAACCUGAUGGUUCAUCUGUUCUUUACAAUUAUGACUGCAAUUUAAUUCCAGAUCAGCCAGAUGCUGUUCAUCGUGUUUGCCCCAAGUGCCCUCUGCUGAUUGAUGUCAAAAGCCCUGCGGCAAUACAGGCGGCUGGAAUCUUGCUUAAGAAAUACAAUGAAGAAAGCCACUUACGGAAUUACUUCUCCAUUGAUCAAAUUACUAGAGCAUCAACCCAGAAUAAACCAAAAGAGGCUUAUUUUGUAGAAUUUACCAUUCGAGACACAGAAUGCCUAAAGCAAGAUGAGUCGGUGGAUGACCUGAAGUGCAGAAAGACCUCUUCUGACUCUGGGCAAUCUGGCUUUUGUGUUGCUGCUCUGCAUAAGAAUGGAGACAACCAAGCUGUACCAGAAAUAUUCUGUGAGCUGUAUACAUCAGAGGGAAUUGGGAAUACUGAAAACAAAGGAAAUGUCACUAAUGAUGGGCAAGAGGCUGAUACUCAAAGAGGAAAACGAAGAGACAAAAAACACAAAGUACAAUCACCUAAAUUCACUCACCUCAAAGCAACCCCCACAUCAGUUCCAGACCUGCAGCCAGAGUCAUCUGAGUCCAAGUCCGAGUCCGAGGAGCAAGAAGGUGUACUGCCUAUUGAGGCCUCAGCUUCAACACCAUUGCCUGUCACUUCAAAACGACUCAAACAACAGUCAAGUCCUGAAAGUGCAGCCAGCUUACCUAAAACAGGACCUGUGUUUUUGACAAAUUUCCCUGAGGCUCCGUCCACCAUCCACACCUGCCCAGGAGUCUUCAGACAUGUAACUUUGUAGAAAAUGUAUCACUAAAUAUAUUAAACUUGUUUCUUGUAAUUUGUGACAAGUUCUUUCAAAUUUAGAUGUACAAAGUAACAUAAUAAAUUAGUAGUUAUUUUUGCAUAAUUCAGAAUUUGCUUAUGCAGAACGUGGGUGGCAUAAAGGUUAGUUAUACUGUUGUACAGUCCCAGUAGUCUGGGCUUAACCUCACCAUCUUGAGGAGUUUGCAUGUUUUCGUUUCUUGUCACAUCCUGGGAAUGUGCAUAUUAGGAUAAGUAAUGACUAAGUGAGUAUGCCACACAAUUAACUGUCAUCUUCUCAAAGACUGGUUUCUCAAUUGUGCAUAAAUCCUGCUGAGAUACUAUAAUUAAAAAGUGGGUUCAGAAAAUGACAACACAGAAUGUACUGUGAAUAUUUGUGUGUGUCCCAAUUUCUUAUUUAGGUUUAUUGUAGUCCCGGGCCAAUUAACUUCACAGAAGAAACAUCUGACUGUUGAUGACUUUGACAACAACAAACUGAAUUUAGGAGGUUUGAAAGGGAAGGAUGGAUUGAAACAAUGAAUGUUAGUAUCCACCCAUGGGCAAAUUUGCAUAAUGGGGUGUAGAAACACCUGCUUAUAUUGUUGAGAAAUAUGCUGCUGUUGAAUGAAUAUUAAAAUGCUAAAGCUGUUAUAUUCAAAUAAAUAAAUCAUUUAAGAAAUAUAU